AUGUCUGUCAAGGAAGCCGUUGCCAAAGCAUCGCACAAAAAUGAGGACCCCAGAAUUGUUGACGUACAGAUCUACUCUGGCGCUAAGGAAAAACCAGAAUUCAUGCGAUUCCGCAGAGCUAUGGCGAUUCGGUCGAUAAGCCUCGAGUACAUGCAGUUUCAGCAAGACCAGAUCGGUUUUUCUAGGGUAGAUUUGCAAGCCAUUGAGCUUUCAAGUGCUGCAGACCAAACACAACAGGGAACAAUCGAUCAAUUCAUUGCAUUUAAUCGAUCGAGGGCGGACAUUUUUAGUCGGAGAAUAAAAGAUGCACAGGUAGCAAAAAUGAUGAUUAAAGACGGUACGAAAAUGCUUGUCCUUGAGAGACUCUAUGGGCACUGUGGGAUUACCGCCGUCCUAUGGCUCAUACCAAGCUGGACGAAACUACGCUAUCCAGAUCUCCCCACUUUUCUCGAGCUCCUAUGCCAGAACCCAGAAUACCACCGUAUCCAUGCGACAGCAGAAGAUCUUGUUGAUUGGUAUGACGAGUGUCAAACUUUAUAUGAUGAAAACACCGCAGUCCAGCAGCUCGCUUCUCCUAGAGUCACCUCUCAGCCGAUUCGGUUGCAACAGGCAACAACGAGGAUAGUAAAGUAUCAGAAGAAUAGCACAGGGAAGGUAGCAAAUAAUAGAAAAUCCAGAUCUAGUACGCGCCCAUUUCAACAAAGCAAGCAUAGCUUUCACAAAACUCGACAGACAGGCCCAGCUGUAUUGCCUCCGAUUAAAGAAAAAGCCCAGCGGGAUACAAACUCUUCAGUGCAACAGCAUCGAACAAACAUAGGGGCGCCUAAUUUCAUAAUGGACAGCGGCUUAGGUCCCCCAUCAGCUGGUAGUCGUGCAUCCCCUGUAACCGAAACUCAACAGAUAACCGGAAAGCCAGACGUGUUCGACGCCGGAAUGAACUCGUACUCGUUUAUUCCAGAAACCCUCACUAAUGGACACGCUGCGAAUAACAUGAUACCCACAAACUAUUCAGACGUGUUCGAUGCUGGGCUUAACGCAUACUCGUUCUCCCCCGGUACCUUGACCAACGCAUUCGUUGCGAAUAAUCCAGUUACCCCGACUGGGGAGCCAGACGUGUUCGAUGCUGGGCUUAACGCAUACUCGUUCUCCCCCGGGACCUUGGCCAACGCAUUCGUUGCGAACAACCCAGUCCCCACGAUCGGGGAGCCAGACGUGUUCGACGCUGGAAUGAGUGCUUACUCAUUCCACCCAAGAGCAUCAAAUUUUACAUCUACCGAAGGUAGCUCGAACCUUACAGGAAAAGGACAAGAUGUCUUGGUUUCUGGCCAAAUCGCUACCCCAUUCUUUCCGGAAGGAUCAAUAAGUGAAGUCGUUGCGAGUGGUCACUUGCGUACAUCUAGAGAACCAGAGGCCCCCGAAACUGGGCAACAUGCAUUCUCUUUCUGCCCUGGUAGCGUCGGUAACAUGCCCCACAGCUGGCAUGCUUGGGGAGAAGAACGAUUUCGGGCUUAA